AUGCCUUUCGGUGAAGGACCGAAAAUAUGUAUAGGUUUGAGGUUUGCUAAGAUGCAAAUGAUUUCGGGUCUAGUCACCUUAUUUAAGAAGUACCGAGUUGAGCUGGCGCCGGGUAUGGGAAGACAAAUAGAGUUUGAACCCAAAGCAUUUAUCACAUACCCUGUUAGCGGGAUCCGACUCAAGUUUAUUGAAAGAGAAGGAUGGGAAGAUCGGGUGCUACAGUCCUCUAAGCCUCAAGUUUCUUCUUGA